GCGGCCGCAGCAGGCAAAACGGCAGGCCAACAUGGCGGCGGCCCAAGGAGGCUCCCUUGCGCGCCGGGGGAUACGCUCGAGCAGCCUAUAGCGUGCAGCAGGCCCCGGCGAGCGGCCGGCUACGCGCGGCCCCGCUCCGUGGUGCUGCCCGCGUGCUCCGAGCCGGCGGCCGGAUACUCCGGGGCAUGUGCCAUGUCGACGGGUUCCAACCGAGAGCCCGCAGGAGCCGCUCAGCCGCAGCCAGGCUCGGCAGCGGUCGACUCGCACCACUUCCAGUACGUCGGACCCUACCGGCUAGAGAAAACGCUCGGCAAGGGACAGACCGGGCUCGUGAAAAUGGGGAUCCACUGCGUGGCGGGCCGCAAAGUUGCCGUCAAGAUCAUCAAUCGGGAAAAACUUAGCGAAUCUGUUCUUCAAAAGGUUGAAAGAGAAAUAGCUAUUAUGAAACUGAUCGAGCACCCACACGUGCUUGGCCUCUACGAUGUUUACGAAAACAAAAAAUACUUGUACCUCAUACUGGAACACGUGUCUGGUGGGGAACUAUUUGACUACCUGGUCAAGAAGGGCCGCCUGACGCCAAAAGAAGCUCGGAGGUUUUUUCGACAAAUAAUCUCUGCGCUAGAUUUCUGCCACAGCCAUUCGAUAUGCCACAGGGACCUCAAACCGGAGAAUCUAUUAUUGGAUGAGAAAAACAACAUUAGGAUAGCGGAUUUUGGCAUGGCUUCCCUACAAAUGGAAGGGUCGAUGCUGGAGACGUCCUGCGGGUCACCUCACUACGCCUGUCCAGAAGUCAUACGGGGUGAAAAGUACGAUGGCCGAAGAGCGGACGUGUGGAGUUGCGGGGUUAUUCUUUAUGCUUUACUUGUGGGUGCCUUACCAUUUGACGACGACAAUUUGCGCCAGCUGCUGGAGAAGGUGAAGCGGGGCGUGUUUCACAUUCCGCACUUCGUUCCGCCCGAAUGCCAAGACCUGCUGCGGGGCAUGAUCGAGGUGAACCCCGAGAAGAGGCUUACGCUAGCGGAUGUGACGAAGCAUCCUUGGGUGACCGCCGCAAGCAAGACAGAGUUGGAGUUGGAGCUGCCCAUGAAGGAAGUUGUACAGACCCACAUCAUUCCUUGCGUGGACGACAUCGACCCGGACGUCCUGUCCAACAUGACUUCUUUAGGUUGUUUUAAGGAUAAAGAAAAGCUAGUCAAGGAGCUUCUCAGCACAACGCAUAACACGGAGAAAGUAAUUUACUUUUUGCUCCUUGAUCGCAAACGAAGAAAACCGUCGUACGAAGAUGAGACUGAAAUCAUCAUCCGCAACCGGUCUGAAUCGGGUAAGGAAAACCGACCUGAUCCUCCGCGCAAGAGAGUGGACACGUGCCAAGUGAAUGGAAGGUCGGGACCACGAUAUUCCUUUGAUAUGUUGAGCGAUGGAUCACCGAUUACACCGCGGCGGUAUCCGUACGGUAUGCGGCGGGGCAGCGCGUCGGGCUGUCUGCACCCCGGCAGCGGGAUCCCGAGUCCGGCGGUGUCGCCGCUCAACUCGCCGAGACCCUCACCGCGAGGCGCCACCACCCCUGACGAGAGCCCGCUCAACACGCCGCCCGGAUCACCCUCCCUCGGACAACCCUACUGGCGAUCGCGCCUGCACACCAUCAAAAACAGCUUCCUCGGAAGUCCGCGCUUCCACAGGAGAAAACUGCAGGUCCCUUCCGCAUCCGAUGAAGUCAGCCUGACCCCUGAUUCCUCUCCAGACCUCUCAAAACGAUCCUGGUUCGGAGGAUUAAUGGCCAACGAGAGGGAAGAAAGCCACGUGAUACUCGUCAAGGACCGUCCUUUGAGUUCUGUCAAGGCUGACCUCAUCCACGCCUUCCUUUCGAUUGCUGACCUAAGCCACAGCGUCGUGUCACCGAUGUCCUUCCGAGUGGAAUACAAGCGGCCCGGGAGCACCACCAUGUUCCAGAGGAACGUCCGCUUCCACGUCGACAUAAGCAUUGUAGGAGACGGGAGCCCCAAUGGUGGAGCUUCGCACGACAGCAAGCCUUCAGUAUACUGCAUCAGCUUCACUCUCAUAUCGGGUCCAAUCCGGAGGUUCAAGCGGAUCUGCGAGCACAUCCAAGCGCAGAUCCUGGGCCGGCGGCCGGGCAGCCACUCGCCGCGCUUCAGCCGGCGGCCGCCCACCUCCGAGCUGAGCGACAGCUCCUCGUGCGGCUCCGAGUCGCUGUCGCCCACCCAGGUCGCGGACGACCUGGCGCACGUGCUCACCGCCACCGGCAGCCAGCCGCCCAUGGCGCGCUGCAAGUCCGACCAGGACGCCGCCUGCGACAUCUUCGAGCGGGAGGCCAAGGCGGCCGCCGCGGUCGCCGCCGCGGCGUGUCAUCGCCGUGCGGUCAUGGACGGCACGUCCAUCGCCAACGGUCGCCGCCUCAGCUACGACCUCAAAGGUUCCAGGGACAAAGUCUGACGACCCUUCUCCGCGCCCUCGGAUGUCGUCGAUCGCUAAGAGGAGAGGCGGCAGUAUGCACGUUGCCGUGCCCGCACAAGACGAAGUCGCUGGGCGGACUUGACUGACGACGCAAGCGUGCCCGUCGUCGGCGGCAUGCAAACAGACGAGUGGCAGCUUUCGUCGCGUCGGGGGAACGUCGUCGGAUGCGGCGUCGCAACGCCGCCAGCAAGUGUCGUGCGCGGUGCCCUUAAGAUGCGUGUCGCCGCAACGCGCGGACUCGGUUUUUUAUCGUUAGCCUUCGCUGGUUGCUUUCGUGCGCCGAAUCUCACGCUUGUAACGAGCGGCACGUAAACUGCUCCUAAUCUAAUUGCGCAGCGUAAUCGACAGAUCCCUGCAAAACAGUUAUUACUGUCGCGUAGGUUUCGUCGUUCUCUUGUAGGGUUUCGAGAGACGAUUAAGAAAGCUACGAAAAUUUCCCUUCUGGAUUCUGGAAUAGGUAACCCUUGCCUUACGUGAAGAUUUGGAAAUCAAGAAACAACACAAUGCCAAAACGAAAUAGAGAUGACGACGCCAUUACCUCUAAAGUGGGCAAGGACUCAACUUUUCUACUUCUCUUGACCUUUCCCUGCACAAAAGAGUUCAUAUUUCUGUGAAUACCACGAAUCAGCGUCGUAUACUGGUGUCGUCGGGGUCACGUUUCUGGUGAAAAGUUGGAAAGCUUGCCGAUAAGUUCAUUCGCUAAAAUGUAUCCUUUUCCUCAAAAAAAAAAAGAAAAGAAGAUUCGAACACGCUUUUCAAAGAGUGAUCUACAAGUCGUCGUCAAUUCAGUGUUUCUCUUGAGCGUACGUUCAAUAAUAAUAAAGCGCGAUUCGAUUGGAGCAAGAAUGGGUGCCGUCUUUUACAGGCGAUUUGUCAGUUCAGUGCGUGAGGAAUGGCUGGCGCAUGACGCGUGUGUAUCGCGGAGGACGGAAAAAAGAAAAAUGAUUUCUUCUUAGCUUAGGAUUGCUUGAUUCCUUUCGCAUAACUGCUGAUGGCAAGAUGACUUGGCGUUCCGGGCGGGCGGCUUUCAGUGACGUCAGCUGCGGCGAAACAGUGACGUUUGUCUUCGCGCGAACUCUGUCUCCCGUUUAGGACAUUCACUUACAAAAAAAAGUAUAUAUUUUGGCCUAGCCUUCUUUGAUGAGUGACGUGAGUUUUGUUGUAACCUUGUUGUUUCCUUCCAGAGUAAACUGAAGUCGACGACGCCGUAAGCAACGAUUCGAGUUUCACUGGACCAGGUCAUCGAAGAUAACGUGCCGAAAUGCGUCAAACACUUCUUUUUUCAAUGGAGCAUGGACUGUAAUGAACUGAAUUGAACGUGUUUUCAAGCGUGAAUGACACCGGGAUGCGAAGCAUGGUAUAUGUGUCCAUGGCCGCGUAGAAGUUAUGCUAGAAUUUUCUUCUAGGUAAACGUAUGAGGUUACCAUUCCAUUUACCGGUUUACCCAGUAAGAAUGCCCCUUAGCGCUAGCGGAAAGCAAAAGAGUCAUUUCGUUAAUAGCAAGCAUGGUUUCUAGCUCUGCAGGUAAAAUGCGAUACCUUAAAGUAGUACACGACUGCUUACAGGCUCAGCGUAGACCUUAAACACUUGCGACAUAUGAAUCGCUCGUGGGCCUGUCCAGAAGAUUAAUGCCAAAGUUGCGUUUAUUUGCAGGCUGCAGAGCCUGUAGGUGCCCUGCUUGGAAAUAGUUUCUUCACGGGAUCUGCGCAAAUAUUUCAUUAGCUCUUCGCUGCUCGUUCCACUUAACGUCACGUGACGUACUUGUUUUCUGAUGCGGUAUUUUAGAAGAGCACCGGAGUUGAAGGUUUCCCUCUAAGUAUGUCUUAAAAGGUAAAAAAAAAAGUAUUGUGGACGUGUGGUCAAAACUUUGUCAUUGCAAAAUCGAAUACCCCUUUCCCCUUAGACGUCGUAAAUAUUUGAAACAUCUUUACCGUUUGGCCUGAUGGCAGCGUCAGCUCAAAAACUGCUAUCCACAUUUGUGAACCAUGUAUCAUGAUAACUGUCACUGUGGCUUCAAAUGCUUCAAAUGCUUCUCGUGCUUCGUAGCGUGUUGCCGCUGUAACUGCGAUGCUGACAUCAUCAUGAAAAAGGUGAUAUAUGACGUCAUCAAAACGUGAACGCACUUGCUGCACUGAUUUUGCUGCAGUUGUGCGGUGUAUGUAGUUCGUUAGCAACCUUGGUUUUCAGCUGCUUCUUAGUGGGCCAUUACGGUAACCACCAGUGGAGCAUAUUUUUGUAAGUAUAACCUCCAGUACCCAAUGAUUUCUCGCGUUGAAAGGUGUAGAAAGCUAGAAGCUUUCCUUUAUUAUACCUAGUCAGUAGCCGUGGGCAUCAGGUGAAAGGCAUCAGCAACUGAAAUGGUAAGCAAGACUGCAUGACGAUGAGCGAAGAUUCACUAACAGUAUAACAUGAAAGCGGUGCUUCUUCUGUAGAAAUAUAUUGUAUUGGUUUUGACUUCUCUUAUUCUCGGAAAAGGAGAGAAGAUAAUUUAUUCAAGGAAACGAGUAUCUUACGCAGCCUUUUAUAUCUACACUAUAACGUAAGAUAAAGCCUAAAGCAAGUGCUCCAGAACUUGGACCCAGAUUCACAAACUUCCUUUAUGUAAAAUUGCUUUAACAUUAGCCAGCACGUCAGUACCAAUCUAUCAUGACAGCAACGACAGUGUUCAAUUCACCACUCAUAAUUACCUACGUGAAGUUAUGCGAAUCUUCCCCAGAAUCUCGAAAUCUGUGCACGAACAUAUCUAAGCGAAUCAGAUGGGUUUCAGGCUUUAGGCACAUGAGGACAACGUAAAGUUUCUUAGAACUCGCAAUGUUUCUGUUAUUUUUAUUACAAAGAAUCGCCUCCAAAAAUAAGAAGGCGGCAACGCGAGCUUUGUACAUCUGCCUUUUAGAACGUAGUCAGUAUGCGCUUUUAUUUAUUUAAAUAUCUGUGUCGGGGCUGACGUUUUAAACUCAUUAUUGUUGUAAUAGUGCCGAAAGUGGCAUGUGGAAAGGAUCGAGUGAAAUAACGGGGUCGGAGGUAACGUUAAGUAAAAUUACCUGUUCAUUCUUCGUUCCCACGCAUGUGAAGUUGUGAGCGCGACAAAGUAAUGUGGUCAUCUUUGGGUAGGUUAAAGCGACUGGGAAACCAAGAAUGAGAUGCAGACGUAGCGCCCAUACUGAACACCAACCGCUACUACUAACGUAUACUUGAGGAAACAGCAAUUUGAAUUGUUUUUGUAUAUACGUAUAUAUGCCUCUGUACAUAUAUGUGUACAAAGCUUAGAAAACUGCGACAUGGGUUUGGUUAUUGUGAUGCAGAGGGGCCUUGAAAAGAAAGGCAGUGGAGUUUUGCAUUUGUUGGCGUUGUUCUGUUCGUCGCAAUCAAUGGAGGGCGAAAUCCUGCGAGCAGGAAAGUCGGUUUCAGGAACGCGUUUUGAAUCUUUGGCGAAAGUACAGUUCGGUGAACAGUGUUAUGUUUUGACAUUGCUGACAAUAGUGUGAAUUAGUGUGUGCAAUAUCUUAAGCAAGAGUAACUCAUCCUGUAUAAAAGUGUUUCUUCUAUACAAUGAGGUUUGAUGAAGUUAUAAGGACACGCGGUUGCCGGAUAUGCCUUGUUUUUUUUUUCUCCUAUAAUUAUGUUUAUUUCAUCGCAUGAUUCAAACGACAUAACAGUCAGACGCCUGUUACGUUUUCUUUAUGUUCACUACGCUUGUAGUGGUACGAAAUUCAGCAUAAGAUUCCCAGAAUGUGAAACUAUCUCGAAUAGUACGUACUGCCCUCAUACACUGAAGCCUCUGUGCUUCGUUUCACGAUACCGCGCAUAUAACAGAGGCCAUGCGCAGAAAAGAGCUGUUCGCGCCUCGCUUUUUUGCCUCACGCGUUUUCAUGAAAAAGAACAGUCCCGUGCAAGCUAAGUUACCUAACGUAAAUAACAAAUGGUAGAAAUAUGUUUAUUACGUUUGUUCGUCAAGCUAGUGAUCCGACUGAAAAUAAAUCAAAGCGUGAAAAUAUUUCAUUGUCAUGCUAACGAAUGAUUGGUUACUGUGUUUCUCUGCGACAUUCAUCUUUCUUAUUCAUGGCUUUGGUGAAGUCUUAAACGCCAGUGACAUUGACUACGACUUACACAAGAGAAAACUUCCAUUCAGUUUUCGAAACAAACUGCUAGAUUCACGGGCCUAACGAGCCUUUCUCGAAGCAAAAAUGGAAAAACAGUACACUACUAUUGUCUUGCCUACGACGGCAAAACCUCCGUAUUGCCAUCAUCAAAUCAAAUUGCUCGCGGGAUUGUUACAAAAGUGGGGUCCUUGUGUUUACGUAUAUUGUAUGUGCAAUAUAAACAGUUUCCACAAUGCGUGAAUUCGUUUUUUCGACCAAUUCCCCUAGAAAUGAUGUCGCGGUGCUUUCCGAAGCAAAAAAAUAACAUACCGCCUUGUUCGCUUUGCAUUUGGCCUUGGUCGACACUCAAGCCCAAUAGAAGUAUGGAAGCUCGCCUCUCGCUUGUGAAUUAGAGAUCUGUGUUCUUUUGUCAAUGAAGAUGUCCUUGUUUUUUUUUUUUCUUCUAGAAGCCUUAAAAAAAGUAUAGAUGUAGUCCGUCAACUGCAGCUGUAUAACGCAUGCGCGUUCAUUCUUUGUCAAUAAUUUCAUUUUUCUUGCGAGCGUAUUUAGUCGAAAGAGAAUGCUGUCUUCUCAUAUGUGUUGUUGCUCGAAGAAAAAGAAACGAAACAUUGCACCGAAGGUUGUAUACUAGGUAUACGAGUGUUUCUUA